UUCGGACCGCUGGUCACAUUAAACAAUGGGCAGGAGCUGACACCGACUUUGUGGCGUCCUUUCCUUAUUCCGGGAACAGUUUGGUGCAGCACAAGUGGCUUGUGGUUUCCGGGUGCGUGCAGGAGCAUGUCGAGGACGUGAGAUUUGAUCCUGGGAAAUGUGUGGGAAUCGUCUUUACUUGACGUGCAGAUAGUCGUUCUGAAGUUAGUGUAAUUUACUUUAAACUGGAUCUGGAUAGCAUGUCGAUGCUUGUGUGAGAGGCGAUGCUGACAGAUAGGACUGGGAUUACGUGCCGAGCAAUCUGUCGGCCUCUCUCAGCUGCCUGUGUCACAGCAGCGACGAAAUUGGCGAGUUUUAUCGACAGAAACGUUAAGUGCGACCAGAGUGAGCCAGGAGGCCAACUAGUAGAAGCAAAGUCCUGCUUCCUUCCCAGAUUACACUACAGAGCAGAAGGAAACAUGGAUGCAAAACUUGAAGAGGUUCCUAUUUCAAGCAGCCAUUAUCCAAAGGAAGCUGUGAAGAAACGAUCAGGGAAUGCAAGCCGUGAGGCAAGAGGAAGCUCAUCAUCCCGAUCGUCCAGGAAAAGCUUCAGAUUGGAUUACCGUUUGGAAGAAGAUGUGACAAGAUCCAAAAGAGGGAAAGAUGGCAGAUUUGUCAAUCCCUGGCCAACCUGGAGUGAUCUUGCUUUCACAAAUGUGCUAAAGUUUGCUGUGAUGGAGAGGGACCAUACUAACAUCCCAAGUUCUAAGGCGGAACUUGAUGAAGGAUUGCCAAUAUUAGAACCGUACUUUGUAAAAAACCCAGAGCUGGUCGGGAGUUUGGGGAAUGGAAUUCGAGUGACCUGGUUAGGUCAUGCAUCGCUGUUGGUAGAAAUGGAAGGACUGACUUUUCUGACAGAUCCCAUCUUCAGCCAAAGAGCUUCACCUGUGCAAUUCUUUGGACCAAAACGUUUUCGAAACCCACCAUGCACAGUGGCACAGUUGCCCAAAAUAGACGCUGUGCUAAUCAGUCAUACUCACUAUGAUCAUUUGGAUUACAAUACAGUGCUAAGUCUUAAUGAGCGCUUUGGGGGUGACUUGAGAUGGUUUGUUCCACUGGGUCUCUUGGACUGGAUGCAGAAGUGUGGCUGUGAAAACAUAAUUGAGUUGGACUGGUGGGAAGAGAACUGUGUUCCUGGCCAUGAUGAAGUGACAUUUGUGUUUACACCAGUGCAACACUGGAGCAAACGUACUGUAACAGACGACAACAAGGUGCUGUGGGGAAGUUGGUGUGUUCUGGGACCCUGGAAUAGAUUUUUUUUUGCUGGAGAUACAGGUUACUGUGUAGCCUUUGAACAAAUAGGGAAAAGAUAUGGACCAUUUGACCUUGCUGCUAUUCCUAUUGGAGCCUAUGAACCAAGAUGGUUUAUGAAAUAUAAUCAUGUGAACCCAGAGGAGGCUGUGAGGAUCCAUAUAGAUGUUCAGGCAAAAAAGUCUGUAGGAAUACACUGGGGAACAUUUGCUUUAGCCAAUGAGUACUACUUGGAACCUCGAAGGAAACUUGAGGAAGCUCGAGAAAGAUAUGGAUUGAAACCAGAGGAUUUCUUUGUUUUGAAGCAUGGAGAAUCGAAGAAUCUGGGUGAAAAUGAAGCUUUUCAAUGAAAACAGAUAUAGAUUAUAAACUAGGUGUGGCUGUUUCGCUAAGAUGAGUAGAACUAGGCUUUCAUUUCUAAUAACCAUACUUUUAAUUUUGGGCUGAAAAUUGACUGAAAUGCCAUUAGUUUAUAAGUUGUCACCCUAGUUUAACCUUAUUGCACAUAUUCAAAAACAAGCAUUACAAAUGCUAGCUUUGUCAAGUAAAGUUUUCUUUUCCUUUUUUUAAAAAAUUGGUUGAAGUCCAAAUAGUGUUUGUUUUAUCAAAGUACCGAAAUACACUUUUAAUGCUAAAUGCUUUGGCUAAAUAUUUGGGUUUUGCAGCUGUUGGCUGCCUAAAGUGAACCAAUGAUUGUCUUCCAUUGUAGAUGUAUUCAACCUGCCACCUGCACGUUUGCCAGAAAUGUUAAGUUUGCACAAUUUAAAUUAAUGCAUAUUUAAAGCAUGUGAAAUGCACAAAGCUUUACUGUAAUUAAAUACACUAUAUAGUUCCAGCUAGUUCAAUGUAGCUUCAGUUAUAACCUUGAACUUGAAAUGUGACAUUGGCCUUAAGAUAAGUGCCUCUUUAAUAAGCAGGAAUUAAAUUGACACUAUAAAUGAGGUUAGGUGACUGUACAAAGAUGUGGGUUAUCAUUAUUUUACGAAUAAAUUUGGCUGUGAGCCAAAUUAUUGGUAAUCGUUGCAAAAGUAAGAGUAUGCUACAUAAUUAGAAGAUGCAAGACUGUGGGAAAGGAUAAUGGUUCGCUGCACAGUUAAUUCAAAGAUGCUUUGCUGGAACUUUGGCUCUGUCUGAUAUUAAUUAACCUCUACAUUGUUUUUCUGGCUGUUUUAUAAAUUCCAAUGUGUCUCCUCUACAGAGAUGUUUUAAUUGUUUUUAAUCAAUUUUCUUAGGGGAAUGGUGGAGAUGUUGUACUUUUAACCGUGGGAUAUAAUCUGUUGUGCUUAUUUUCCAAUAUAAAAAAAUGUAAAGUUUGAAUGGCUGACGGUUAUGUGUUUUGUAGUUACAAUUGUAAUACUCCUUUUCAAAUAACAUUUAACUGUGAGUUCAUAGUUUCUGCAUGAUUAGAAUGGAUUAGAAGCUGAGGUGAAAUCAUGAAGAUAUGAUGAAAUGUAAAAAUGGAGAAGAAACUCCAAUUAACUUCUCAAAGACACUGUUCACAGAUAAAAAAAAUUAAAGUGUCUAUUUUCCUGUUA